UGCAGUCAUUUUGUGCCCUAAAUGGUCCAUACAGUGAAAUGGAUGAAAUGUAGUAUUUUGCCCACCCUUAUGCUCCAUAUUUAGUAGAUGAAAUAUCUGAUCAAUAUGCAUAUUGCAUAUUGCAUUCGGUCAUGUGACCCCCCCCCCCAUCCCGAUAAUUAAUUUGCGUGUUGAUCAAUAAGCGGAUUGUGUGUGUGAAGAGGAGUCCGCGGCGAACGGGAGAGGAAGGGGCGGCGACGAGGAGACGCGUUCAGGGGGAUCGGGGGCGGGGACGGGGGGGACGGGGGGUGCGCACACCAGCACCAGCAGCAUCAUCAGCUUCCGAGUGGAGGACCGGAGGACACAAACUUGAUCGACGCUCGGCGCCCUUUGAGAGCCCCGGGAAGGAAGGACGACACCAUGAUUGCCACAACUCAACAAAACAUGACCACGGAGCUGGAGCUGGGGAGCUCGGACGGGCCCCCCCGGAACUGGAAGGGCAUCGGGAUCGCCAUGAUGGUCAUCCUGGCUGUCAUGUCUUUGGUCAUCCUCUCUGUCGUCCUGCUCACCCCUGACGAAUCGCGCUUGUUACGCCGCUCCCUUUUCACCAUGGACGACCUGGAGAGUGAAGGGUUCAAAGUUCACGACCCCAGCGUGGCCUGGCUGAGCGAUAGCCGAGUGGCUCUCCGCACCAGAGAAGGUCACAUCCUGGCGUUUGACCUCAACAACAACCUGACCACCACCCUGCUGGACAACACCUCCCUGGACCUGUCCGCCACCAAAUUCCAAGUAUCGGCAGACCAGAGCUUUGUGCUCCUGGCGUACAACAUUCAAGCGGUGUUCUCUCAGUCCUCCACAGCGUCCUAUGCCACCUACAGCGUGGCCAGCGGGGAACUUCUGGAGCUGGGGCCGCCGCAGAAGGACAAGGCCGUGUUGCAGUACGCUUCCUGGGGGCCCCAGGGGAACCAGCUGGUGUUUUUCUUUGACGGCGACAUCUUCUACAAGGCCAGCGUGAGCAGCCAAGCCCUGCGCCUCACGUCCAGCGGGGGCCACCACAGCCGCGUCCUCAACGGCCUCUCGGACUGGACUUACGAAGAGGAAGUGCUGCUGUCACACGUCGCCCACUGGUGGUCGGGGGACGGCGCCCGGCUGGCGUACCUCAGCAUCAACAACUCGGCCACGCCCCUUGUGGAAAUACAGAAAUUUCUAGGCGGUCUGUACCCCUCCAACGCCGUCUUCCCUUACCCCAAGGCCGGCGCCAGCAUCCCAUCGGUCAGCCUGUUUGUGGUCAACCUGUACGGUCCGGCCCACACGGUGGAGAUGACGCCCCCCGACUCCGUGAGGACCAGGGAAGGCUACAUCUCCAUGGUGACGUGGACCAGCAGCACCCGCCUGGCGCUGCGCUGGGUGAACCGGGCCCAGAACCAGUCGGUGCUGUGCUUGUGCGAGGCCACCACGGGGGCGUGCUCGGAGAAGCACAAGGCGUCCUUGGGCGUGACGCACAGGCGGGCGCAGGACGUUCCUCUCUUCUCCAAAGACGGCGCCACCUUCUACGCCAUCCUGCCGGCCAAGCAGGGCGCCCGGGGAGAAUUCGGCCACGUCGCCGCUCUGUCAGCACGGCCCACCAUCUCCUCCGGCCCCGCUCGCUUUUUGACGUCUGGUAACUGGGAUGUCACGUCGCUCUGCGCCCUGGACGACAAGGAUGGAAAGAUCUAUUUCCUAAGCAACGAGGAAUCCAGACAAGGACGACACCUUUACAGCGUGGACGUGAACGGUGCGUACGAGCGCCACUGCAUCACCUGCGACCUCCUGGAUGGGUGCCACUUCUUCCACGGCCAUUUUAGCCCCAACCGCACCCACGUGGUCCUGCGAUGCCUGGGCCCAGGGAUUCCCAAAGUGACCGUCCACAGCGUAAAGGACCCUUCCAGGUACGUGGUCUUGGAGGACAACAGUCCCCUGUCCAAAGCGCUGGAGGACAAGCACCUCCCCGAGACCCUGUUCCGGACCCUUUCCGGUGACGGCCACGACGUGCACCUGAAGCUAUCUUUACCUCACGGCUACGAGGCUAACCUGCACCCUCUGCUGGUCAUUGUAGACGGGCUUCCCGCUCAUCAGUUUUUGACGGAGGAGUUCUCGCUGGGGUGGCCUCAGGUUCUCUCCAGCGCCCACGGUGUGGCGUUGGCCUGGGUGGACAGCAGGAGCGGGGCGGGGCGCGGACAAAAGGCGGCGGCCGCCGUCAAUAAGCUCGGCCCACUUCGUGUCAGAGACCACCUGGAAGUCGUCGAGUUGUUGAUGAAGAUGCCCUACAUUGACCACCGCCGCAUGGCGCUCUAUGGAAAGGCCUUUGGGGGACAUUUAACCCUGAAAAUGUUGGCAGCGACAGAGAAGCUCUUCCGGUGCUCAGCUGCCGUGGCCCCGAUCACGGACUUCAGGCUUUAUAACGCAGUGUUCUCCGAGAGGUAUCUUGGCCUCCCGACGAAGGAGGAGCACGUUUACUCGACCGCCUCUCUGCUGGAGGACGUCAGCAAACUGAAAGAUGAGAACUUUCUCAUCCUCCACGGAACCGCAGACGCGAGGGUACACUUCCAGCACAGCGCCGAACUCCUGAGCCGCCUGGUGAGGGUGGAGGCCAACUACUCCCUGCAGCUCUACCCCGACGAGGGCCACACGCUGAGGGAACCACGCAGCGUCCAGCACUUCCAACGUACGCUGCUCAACUACUUCCUCAACUGCUUCAAGCACAGCCUCCUGUCCGAGGCCGAGGAGGACGAGGACGAGGAGGAGGACGACGACUGAGGACUCCGGGAGGACUAUCGGAAUUUGGGGGUGUGGCGCCGGACUACCAGGCUCAAGAGUACAGGAACGGGGACCAAACACUCUUAGCUUCCACACAACUGGAGGAACUUCAAUCGCUACUGCACACAGUUGCUUCGCCCCCCCCCCCCCCCCCAAAAAAAAAAUCUUUAUUUACAAAAUACGCUGGAUGUACUACAAAGGAGUAUUCAGGUCACGAUGAAAAUACCAAAAAUUAUAUCCUUUCACAACAAAAUUGCAGGAAUAAAAUGUGUUACUUUUUUUUUUUUAGCAAAUUUUUAGAGGAGAAAAAAAAUUAUUUUUCCAGAAGAAAAAGUUUUUUCUCUCCAAAAAUUGUAGAAUUAAGAGAAUAAAGUGGUAGUUUUUGGAUCAGAAGAAUAUAACAAAAUAUAAAUUAGUGAUGUCUGAUAUAUAUAUUUUUUUUGAUGAAAAAUUUCCAAUAGCGAUAUCAGCCGAUACUGAUAUGUGUAACGUCACGUUACACAUAUCAGUGGCGGAAUGAACGCAUACCGUAUGUCUUUGAUACAGUAUUGGUUUUCAUGAUCGGGAAAAAAAAAAGUCCAAUACCGAUAUCAUAUUUUAUGCUGAUAUCGGGCCGAUACUUAUCGGUAGCGCAGUUAUCCUCAAAUAAGAAAGCAGAAAAAGUAGUAUCACCAAAACAUAUGACUUUGUUUGUGUUUUUUUCCUGCCCCAAAAAUGACAACUUUAAUAUAUCAAUGUUGCAAGUGUCACUUUUAUUUAUUUGGAUAUUUAUCUUUAUUUAUUUGGAUAUUGGAUAUUUAUUUAUUUGGAUAUUGGAUAUUUAUUUAUUUGGAUAUUGGAUAUUUAUUUAUGAAAAUCUAUUUUGUCUCAAACUACUGCUACCUUAGUGUCGUCAUGUUAUGAUUAGGGCUGUCGAUCGAUUAAAAUAUUUGAUGGCAAUUAAUCGCAUUUUGUCCGUGUUAACUCAGAAUUAAUCACAUUUAAUUGCAUUAAUUUGACAGCCCUAGUUAUGUAAUUUUUUUUCUCAAAAAGUAUAAAUUGUUUUCCUAAAUUCAUGACUUUAAUUUAAAAAUGCUACUUUUUUGCUUCUGUUUUUUUUUUUUACUGUUUUUUUUAAUUUAAUUUAUUAUUUUUUUUGUGCUGCUACUUUUUUUUCUAGAAGAUCAAGAACUUGAAUCACAUGUCGUUAGGACUUGGAAUAUAUAAAAAUGUCUUAAAAGUUGGACUUUUUUUCUACAAAAUAGUACCUUUUCUCCUAAAAUGAGUCUAAUAAUUUGUAUAUUUUUAUUUCAAAAUGUUUUUUGCCCUCAAAAAAUACUAAUGUAAUGUAGCAAUUUUUUCAAAAAUCUUUAAUCUUUUACGGUUAUCCUUGGUUGUAGUUGUUGUGUUUUCAGCGGCAAACUGUGAUACUCCUUUGUAACAUAAAGAGUGAAACAGCGAAGGCCCCUUUUUUAACGCCCGAGGCCCAACGGGUUGGAUGCAGGCAGACGCCGGUGCCAAAUGUGUCCAGGUUUCCCGUACGGGGUUCGAUGUACAUACAGGCAUGUCAAGUAGUUUGCUUUUUCUGUGUUCAAAAAUGUUGCAAAAAGUCAUGACGUUGUCCCCGCCGGGACUGGCGUGGCAGGUUCCGGUAUGACUGCUGUUUUUGAACAGCGUGUUUACGUCUCAUUUAGCGUGUCGUGGGACGUUCACGGACUUUACCGACUGGUCUGACGGCGUGCAGGAGCGUCGGGGGGGUGUCUACGCGGCAAGGCCGCAAGCCUUUUGCCGUCAGACGGAGAUUGCCUCCACCUUUUGAUACUCUACUUCCCCGCAUUGAACUGGUCUUCUUGCAUAAGCUGGGCUUGUCUUUGUUUGAGGUGGGCAGCGGCCCUUCAAAGUAAAGCGUACGUUGCAUGCCCCCCCCCCCACACAGCCAGCAUUUCCCCCACAAAACCUUCACAAUUAA